AUGGCCCUCGAAAACGACACAGUGGCUGGCGCCACUAUAGAGCUUCUGGAGACUCGUCUCCGACGCCUCACAUACCUCCUCACCGGUGACGCCAACUGGACCGGCGAACCCACGCCGCCCGCAAAGCCGGCCUCUCUGGACGACAGCAUCUCACGUCGGCUCCUUCGCCUUGAGAAGGAUUUGGAACGACUGAGUCGGAACAUCCCUGCCGUGAGAGACGUUCUUAGUCUACACGAUCGCUUCCCCGAACUCUUUCGCCCAGCACCGCCCGGCUCCCUCCCAGAGAAUCUGACCACCCAAAAUCUCGCCUCGGUCGUUCUGUCCUAUGCCUCUGCGUUUCCCGAAACCGCCUCCCGCCUCUCCUCAUUGAAUGACCUCCCCAUCCCCGACGCGGAGACCUCGGCCUCCUUGAUCCAACUCCAACCCCGACUCGACCAGCUAUCCAAGAUCCAAGAGGAUCAGGCCCGGCAGAUCUCGGAGCUACGGGUCCGGUCGGCCAAGGCGCUGCAGCGAUGGUAUGAGGUUGCGCUGGUCAGUGGCGGGGAGUGCUGGGCGGAGUGGGAGGGGCGACUCGAGGAUGUGGAGAGGGAAGUGAGAAGGGAAGAGGUGGUUAGGGAGAGGAGGGAGAAGGAGCUGUGA